GUAUUGAAUUCGUGACGUCACAAAAGACGAGACAGUGGAAGGGUACAGAUGGAUUGGGGUGCGUUGAAAAAUGUCUGAUUUUUAAUUUAAAACACUUGUGGUAAAUAUAAUUGAGUGAAAUGUUUUGACGCGCCUAAGGACGCUCGUUAUUAGUCGGUAAUCAGCUGAACACGUGGAUGAGAAAUAGUGGCGUUCAGUUUUCAGGUGCUUAUAUACAAAAAUAGAGAAAAUAAAACAAGUGAAGGCGUGCUUUAUUAUCGAGGAAAGGAUUCAAAGAACUUGUCUGUGAUCAGUUUUGGAGUGGGAAAGGGGAGGAGGUGUUUGAAUUGAGGAAACAGCAGGCCCCGGAGGACCUGAUAAACAAAUGAAUUUUCUAAAAGAGGAAUGAUAGGAUGCAAGAGGGCAGUACCGCCGUGGCGUUAGCGAUGGUGACUCCUGGUUACGAUCAGGACCCUGCCAGCGGAGUAGCCGACUACACGGCUCACCAGGACCAGGCUCAGUUCGAGGCCGACAAACGUGCCGUUUACAAGCAUCCACUCUUCCCUCUGCUCGCACUACUCUUCGAAAGAUGCGAGCAAGCAACGCAAAGUUCCGACAACUCGACCUCCGAAAGUUUCAACAUGGAUAUACAAGCUUUCGUCCAGCAUCAAGAAAGAGACCGAAAGCCUUUUCUGAUAAAUGACCCCGAGAUUGACGGCUUGAUGAUCAAGGCCAUACAGGUGUUGAGAAUUCAUUUAUUGGAGUUAGAAAAGGUUCAGGAAUUGUGCAAAGAUUUUUGCAAUCGAUACAUUACGUGUUUAAAGGGCAAGAUGCAGAGCGAAAAUCUCCUUCGCAGCGAUUACAGUCACCAUGGCCACGACAUGGGUCCGUCCAGCGGCAGCAACGGCAGCAGUCCGUUACAGGUGCUGUCUGCCACAGGCAUUGAUGAGUCGGGAACUAACGGACUCAGAGUGAGAAGAGACGAUCCGCUGUCGGAGAAUGGCAGUGCGGGUCAAGUGGUUAUUCCUGGAGACGGUGCGUCCGAGCUGUCUUCCUCUGUUCGACCAUCCUCUGCCGUUCAGCGUCUGGACAGGGCCAGCAGUCAAGACCAGGACGACCCCCUGGCACUUUCACCAUCCGCGAUUCAUGGAAGUACUCCGCUUUCGCAAAUUGGAUCUCAUUCUUGUGUAUCAGUUAAUGAUAUGUACCUCGGACAAGAGGAAACUGAUGAAGUGAAUAUGUCGGAGAGAAUGUACUUAGAAGAAGUUGGCUACUGGGGAUUACUUCCAAAGCAAGAGCGCGAAAACGAAUUUGAAUACGUCGAUGUUGGUGUCAUUAGUGAUGCAAAGAGUUUUGAUAUUACUGUUGCAGGCUCUCCAUCUCCAGUGCCUAGCGAUGAAGAUGAUGACGGUUGCGGAACUACUACUUCGUCACAUAGUGUAAGUCACAGUAGUGCCAGAAAGGGAAGACAGAAGCGAGGAGUCUUGCCGAAACAAGCGACCAACAUCAUGCGUGCCUGGCUCUUUCAACAUUUAGUCCACCCGUACCCCACGGAGGACGAGAAGCGACAAAUUGCCAGUGAAACGAAUCUCACUUUGCUCCAAGUGAACAAUUGGUUCAUAAAUGCUCGUCGAAGAAUUCUACAACCAAUGUUGGAUGGCGCAGGCGCGGAAGCACUGUCUCGUGCCGGAAAACGAAACAAAGUCUCCAAGCACGCAAACCAGCAGCAGCAGCAGCAGCAACAGCAAUAUCCACAACAAGUAGGUUGGCAGUCUGAGGACUCAGGUAGCGAUUCGAUUUCUAGUGACGGAGAGGGAGGUGCAAACAGAAGCAAAGACGGCAACGACAGCGACGAGGAAGACCUUCACUGACCUCUGUCGAUCGCCGAAACAUCGACCUCUCUUCGGUACCUUCAAACCCAGUUGCUCACUACAGUAUUAAGGUAUUCGAGGUUAGAUUUCGCUUUAACUGUCAAAUACGUAAUUAUUCUUGCGAUAAUCAGGGAUACUUGGGUAGAAGUUAUCACGCUCUUCUGCUGUCGUUUAUCGAUCUCUACGCCCUUUAAAGGGAAUCUUGAAGAUUAUCUAAUACUUUAGAAGCCUGAUAUAGUGCCGUUAAUUAAGCAUUAAUUAAGCGUGCGAUAAAGGUUUUUAAGUCAUUUUUAAAGAAAUACAAGUGCAAACUGUACGCACGAAAGAGUAGAAAAGGCGCAGUUUGAGGCUGUCGUUAUUUUUAAAAACAAAUCCUAUCUGCAUAUUGACUGAAGCACUACUGUUGCAGAUUGUUUUCCAUUUAACAAACAAAUUUUCCUUCUUCCUGCAAUGCCGUAGGACGUUAAGCUUGGAAUAAUAUUUUUACCGUGUAAAUCAUUUCAAAUUUUACGUAACAAAAGAAAUAUAAAAUAUUUAUUUCCACUUUAUUUAAGUUAUAAAUAUUAUAAAUUUGAUUUGUGCUAAUUGAAAAUGUUACUCAUUUACAUUUUUCAUCAAAAAUAGCCCCACAUUUUUUGACUAUUUAAUUCUUAAAAAUUAGAUACUAUUUGUAAUAAAUCUAAUCCCAGUAAUUCUUCAGACUUGCUAGAGAAGUAAUUCCUAAUAGUCAUAAUUUUAAAGGAAUUUAGAUAAAUUAUAUUAUGGAAUGAACAAAGAUAGAAUGCCAAUUCAAUGGAAAAGUGCUUUUAGGAUUGAUGUUGGCGAUUACGAACGUAAUUGUUGAGCCGAAUGCCAAUCGAAAUAUUCUGUGCAAUAGUCAUUGAGGGAUUUAUAUUAAAAUGCAAAAUUGCAUUUUUGACGCCUAUUCAUGUUUUCAAAUCAAUGAGUAAAAAAAAUUUGAUAAAAAAAAUGUGAAUAGGCGAUCUAUGAUGUCCGAAUGAAUUCUGUUUAUAACCGAAACACCAUACAAUUUCACGAAUACGUAAUUAAGAAAGAAAUUAUUUUUCAAAUAGAUAGAGAGAUAAGGCGAAACUCGCUAGUUAUUAUAUAAAUGUUGUUUGUAAUCUUACAGAACGUUAAAACCAAGAUGUUUUCAUUUUAUACUGUCGCCACAAACAACUAGGAUCAAGAAUGCGCGUGUAAUUAUAAAGAAAGAUAAAACAACUACUUGUACAUACACACGUUUCUGCAUGCCAUUCACAAACUUCGUUAGUCUCAAUUUACGUCUUUUUCAAGUAUUUUCUCUUCUUUCAAUAUUUAUUUUUCUUUUUUCACAACAAUUUGAUGCUACAGAAAAUAAAAGUCAAAGAUUCUGUUUUUAAAAUCUGAUUGCUUCCAGUUUUUGAUAAAUUCAAUAUUGUGUUUACUUUUUUGAGAAAAUUUCUUUUCCUAGUGAAAUAAUUCUGUUUACCUCCAUAACAUUACGAAAACAAUGUAUACGAUAAAUAAAAAUUUUAAAUCUUCAAAGAAAGAAAAAUUGUCUCGUACGAAUAUUCGGAUUUAAAAUUUAAACUACAUUUAAGCGAUUAAAAUUUCAAUCAUGGGACACAAAAAAAAUUUUAAUACAUGAAUUCUUUGUUUUGUGCCAUUUUAAAAAGAGUGUGGUAACUUUCACGCGUAGUCUUUGUUCACGUCUGCAUCGUUGUGACGUAGUAAGAUGCUGUCCCUCCAAGAUAAUAAUAAUAAUAAUAAUGAUAAAAAGAAAAAAAAUUGCAGAUGAAGAAGUUGAUAAUGAUAAUGAUAAUAUAAUAUUACUCAAAAGUAAAAUACAUAAUGAUUAUAUUUUUAAACUCUAAGUGUCGUAUUUGCGCAUUACCGUUUUUUGGGAGUUGGUACUGCUGUACAUACAAAAUAUACCGAACGUUAAUGAGUACUGAAAUUAAACGAUUAUUAUUGAUUAUUUUUAAUCCGUAAAUUGGAAAUUGGAAACUUUUAUUAAAGAAAGUGAUGCAAUUCAAAAUUUGAUUCUACAAAGACAACGCACACAUGCCAUUUCUAGAAUAAGAAUUUCUUUUGGUAUUUCUUCUGCCCUUAGCAAUCAUUAAAAAAUUUAAUUUUUGAUCAGUUUAAUCACAUGUCCGAGUUUUUAUUAGAAUCUAAAAAUUGCUUCAAGUUUAGAAAAUUUCUACUGUUCUGAAGAAAACGAAUUGAAAUGAAUUGAAAUGAAUUGAAACGAAUUGAAACGAAUUGAUGGGAAAAUUAAAUGAGAUGAUUGAAAAGGGUUAUUUUGAAGAGUACUUGAUAGUUCCAUACGAUUGCGAGUCGGAUAGACGAAUUUUUGACAAUGAAAUGCAAAUAAGACUAAAGGAUCGUUAUACGAAUGUGUAUCACGGUUUACCUGAUACUGAACUAUUGUACUUUAACAAUUAAUACUUAAGUUAAAAAAUAGUCGUUUAAGAGGUAGUUUAAGGCUGAAACCCUGUAUACGUAUGUGCUACGGCACCUGACGUCUGUGAUCGCUCGAUUCGGUGGGCUUCACUUGUAUACCGAUUAAUUACGAAUAGAAUACAUAUUAUACCGAAAAAAAAUUAUUCUUCGUCCAUAUAAAAUCGACAUCGUAAUUUUGCAUGUUCUGAUAACUUACAAAUCAAAAUGAAAAAAUUAUUACACAAACGACACGUUAUAAUAUUACAUUGGAGAUUUGUAACGAAAUGUUCGCCUUAAGACAAUAUUGAGGUGGAUUAGAGAGGAAAUCUUCAAUUUAAUAUCAGUGUUGUUUGGGUUCAUUCUCGCAUUUGUGUACCAACUUAUUCGAAAAAAAAACUCGCACGAGUUAGGAAUGGAUCAAGGAAAAUAUUGUUGUCUGAUUAUGAGUUAAUUAUUAUCAUUGUUUUAUUAAAAGUUACCUUUGAAAAAUUCUAUUUAAAAAAUUGUGUUUAAAAAAUGUUUUUCUUUUCCUUAUUUUCUCAAACUGUGAUUAUGGCUUAGUUUUCCCCUAAAUAUUACAUAUUUUAAUUGAUGUUAAUGUUGAUGGAAAUGUUGAAUUUGUUAGCAAACGCACAUUAAUGCGAUUUAAAACAGUUCUGAUGACAGUGUAUAAAUACUGUUAAUCCAUUCCUAGGCUCAUUGAAAUUUUCAGUCAUAUAAGCUAUAUCUAUACUUCUCUCGUGUAAAUUUACGCUCUGUUAAUUAAGUUUAUUAAUAAAUGCCAUCACGCUUGCAA